AUGAAUCGCGCGCCUAGCGAGGUCGAUGAAGCCAUCGAGGCAAACCGACCUAUCGUUUCUAAUUCACCGACGAUCGAGAGGGAAAGGCAAGAGAGAGAGGACUCUUCCGGUUCCAGCAGUUCGUCAAGCAGCGAACCUGAAGAAGAGGAACCUCCGCGCAAGAAAUCAAAACGAGAUGCUCAGGUAACGGUCGAUCUCCGGAUCGACGCGUUAUACGAACAGGUCAGUUUCCUUACAAAUUUAAUUAUGCAUCAGCAAUGUGCGUCAUCAUCAAAUACAAAUGUGACCGCGAAAACCACUGACGUGAUUGAACAACCUGAACAGAAUAAUGAUGAUUUCUUGACCAAUCCUUGCUCUAUUACACCAAAAUCAUUAGAUUUAGGUUUUUGUAAAACUGAUUUUGAUGAGAAAAAAGUUCUUAAACCAGCCGAUGAACAACGUUUAAACCAGUUGAUAAAAUUGCAACAUUUUAAUUCAUCUACGUGGCAACACAUUCGGUAUAAAAAAGCAUUGGCAGACAUGCUUGCGUUCCCAGGCUUUUGUAACUUAAAAAUUAAUGACGAAAUAUGUUGUUUAAAUAAGGGCAAAGAUUUCCUGGCCUCAACGGAGGAAAUUAUGGCUGCAAUUACCAAUGCUUUACUAUACCAAAGGCAAUUGCUACAAUCAGGUUUACAAGAAAUUGUUAAUUGGUCUCACAAUAAUCCUACGGAACUAACCUCUAAUAACCUUUUUAAUAAAAUAAGCGAAAUGUUCGGUAAUUCGUCGCCAUCUUAUAAAUUAUCUGAACAAACAUUACAAAUCGUCUGCGGGAAACGAGCGGAGUGUAUAGAAACUAGGCGUAAAAGAUUACUUAGCGAAAUUUCUGAUAAAAGUAUUCAAGCCGCUCUCGUUAACAUACCUCCCAGCGAGGAAUUUCUAUUCGAGAAGGCACAAUUGAUGUCGCUGGUGCAAUCCCUCGGCGGGCCUCAUUAUUGGUUAUCACCCCCACAAAUCUCUAAAAAUAGGGACCAAGUAAAAAGGAAAUACCAUGAAUCCAUACCAUCAACAUCCAAAUCUAGGCCACAAGGACAAGAUAAAAAUUAUUUUCAAAAUACCUACAAAAAAUCAAACACUAAAAAACGUACAAAGGAAAGACUGAUGCUUACAAACAACAAGGAAACCCGUCCUUUCGAAGCAAAAACAAGAAAAUAUGACUAUCUAAUACCAUUCAGGGGCGGUCGUCUAAAGACGUUCAAAAACCGUUGGCAGGCACUUGGCGCGAACAAAUUUAUAAUAUCGGCAAUAACUGGUUUUCGAAUACCGUUUUACAAGAAACCUCCUCUAAUAAUGCCAACAAGGCUUGUUAUGAGUCAGUUUGCAACCAAACCGUCGCCGGCCAUGACUCAAAUAAUGCAAGACCUCUUGGAUCAAAAAAUACUGCAGCCUGCAAUUGGGGUAGCUAAACCAAAAUCAGUUAGGUCAUUUGUUAGUUGGGACCCAAAUGUAGUUCUGGAAUGGCUUUCAGCUAAUUCACCUAAAGAUACGCUCUUUGAAAUAUCGCGUAGAACAGCAACAGUGUUAUUGCUAGCUUCUGGACGUAGAGUCCACGAUCUUACCUUGUUGCGAAUUUCCAAAGACAACUAUCUUGAUAAUGGACAAAACAUCUAUUUAAUACCGGCAUUUGGUUCAAAGACUGACAGACAUGACUGCCGCCAAUCUGCUUGGAAGCUGUCUAAACAUCCUGAUAAGAACAUCUGCCCAGUUAGUUUAGUUAGAUGUUUAAUAGAGAAAACCAAACAUAGAAGGUUGGAUGUUAAAGACUUGGACAACCUCUUCAUUACAAUUAGUAAUAAAGUAAAAUUUGCUUCCCGUACUGUAAUAGGCAACUGGGUGCGCACAGUUCUUAAAGACAGUGGCAUUGAUGCUUCCCCAGGGAGUUGUAGGUCAGCUGUAGCUUCACUGGGGUGGUUAGAUAAUCAACCCUUAGAUGAUAUAUUAGCACGGAACGAAGACUUUAAUGAUGAUGACUCCGAUGAUCAUGUUUUUGCGGACUAUGACGAUGAAAGAGGUGUUGUGUUUUAUCCACCAGUGUAUGCACAAAGAUAUGCGGCGGUUACGGAUUGUCUUAUGGACGAACGUUGGUGUGGCAAAUUGGAAAAGGUAGUAGACUUUGGCUAUAAUGACAUGAGUUUCAUAAAGUACCUAAAAGAUAUACCUGGAGUUAAACAUAUUCUCGGUGUUGAUCUUGAAAUUAUACCACUCCGUUGUUCAUCCAAUCUACUUGAAUCUGAUCAAUAUAUUCCAAAGAGAGAAACUCCAUUAGAAGUCACUUUAUUUCAAGGGAAUGCAGCCGACCCAGACUACCGUUUAAUAGGGACUGAUGCAGUGGUGGCCAUUGAGAUGAUAGAACACAUGCUUCCACAUGAUUUAGAAAGAUUUGUUCACACAGUAUUUGGUUUUAUUAAGCCAAGGGUAGCUGUUAUUACUACACCUAAUGGAGAUUUCAAUGUGCUAUUUAAAGCAUUAGAGAAAAAUGGUCUCAGAAGACUGGAUCAUUUCUUUGAAUGGAGUAGAGAACAAUUUAAUGAUUGGUGUAGUAACAUAGUCAUGCGAUAUCCACAAUACACAGUAACAUGCAAAGGUAUUGGGCCUGGACCAGCUGGAACUCUUCACCUGGGAUGCUGUAGCCAACUUGCACUUUUUGUUGCUAAAGAAUACCAAAAACAACCAGAUCUAAAUUUAAAUAGUUUGGCUUUACUUGCGAAGCAACCCAGUCCAGCUAGUCUUGUCAAUAUAGACGGUUGGGAAAGUCCACACACUAUUGGUGAUAAUAAUAUGCUAUGCAUUGAAAAUAGGCUAAAUUGUUCAACAUUACAAGUGAAGAAAUUUUCUAAGGCCACGCAAAACUUACUUGCUAAAAAUAAAAUGGACCCCUUCGCCCACACCCGCGAAGUCGUCGAUGAAAUCCGCCAUUUGACUAAAAUGCUCAAUUUUAAUAAGGAUACCAAAAAUAAAGAACUCCUAAACGGACACGUCUGGUAUAAUAUCAAUUGGGGGGAGAAUGCUCCAUAUUGGAAUCAGUAUUACAGAGUUGUGAGAGAAUAUAGUUAUCCUUUUGAGGUAAAAUCAGAAGAUUGUCGGAUAAUGGAUGCGAUAUCUGAAGAAAUAAAUAACAUUAUAGACAAUGAAUAUGAUGAAUUCUCACUGGACACACGCACCCUACAAAUACAUAUCGAUCGUUUAAUGGAAGUUGUGGAUCAUAUUACAAUUGAUGUGGACAGGGUUAAAGAACUUUUGGAAUGGAACGGCUACGAGAUUGUAGGCGAUAAACUCAUAUAUUCCCGCCAGGCGCUAGACAACAUAUCUGACCCGCAAGACGACUGGCAAGACACCAACACUGUAUCUGACUGGGAUACCACAGAUCUACGUUCCACACUCUCAGAUGGUAGCACGAUUGCACCGGAUUUAUAUUAUGGUCGAUGUCUCCAUCGCGUGCUCGAUCAAAAAAUUCGCAGAAUAAGUUCGAUUACAGACGAAAAUAUUGCUACUGAACUAGAUCAUAUUGUGUGCCGAUUAAUGAAGCUCGCGCUUUAUACUAGUAAAGGGCAACAAAGCCCUCCACCGACGAGCUGGAUGCAGCAAAAGCUGUUUGACUUGCUCUCUCUUACGGAGAAGGCCAUUGAAAGAAGGAGACGACACUAUUUUGAGAACUACGCGUUAAAGGCUAUUGAGUAUUACUAUAAUCAGGAUGAAAAUAAUCUUACUGCUGUUGUAAUACAAGAAGACACGUUAUCAGUAAAUCAAUCUGAUAAUGUAGAUUUGAACACUUUACAAUCAGAUUUUAUUCCAAUCGUUUUAAAUAAUGAUCCAUUACUUAAUGUAAACAAUGAAGACAUAACUAAUAAGAAAUUAGAUUUCAAUACUGAAAAUAUGUCCUUGAAUGAUCAAACAAAUGAUUUAGCGAAACUCCCAAAGGAAAUCACUGAAAUAAAUAAAUGUUAUGCAUCUUCAGAAGAUUUAAUUCAAAAAACGAAGAAUAGAAUUAUACCGAACGUGCCUACUCUUAAAAUGAAAUCUAAGAAAUCUAAGCACAGUAAAAAAAUUGCUGGCAAAAGAUCUAUGAAAAAUAUUGUUAAACUUAAAACAACUACAAGUGUCGAGAGCGCAAAGAGCGGUGAAGAAAGUAUACCUUUACGCCGUAAUAUAGGUACCGAUCCGGAAGCUAAUUGUGAUAUUGAUAUAGAAACAAUAUCAGAAACAGUUAUUAAUAUAACAAAAGACGAGAGUUUUAAUUGCAAGCGGUCUGUGAGCGCAGAGAAUGUCCAAUCCCAAACGAUAUUUAUUUACGAUAUAAAUGAGCCAAGCACCUCCAAGGGUAUCCGUAAUAUAAGCACGGAUGUUCAAUGUGGUCCUGAUAUUUCUUUGACUUGUGCCCUGUCGCCCGUGUUGUCGCUGACGAGAACACCAAAAUUGUUUUUUAAUGGAAUAAAAAUUCAGGACUCAUGUGACAACAUCCCAGUUACUAAAAAAACGUGUGACUUUGGUAUGUCUACGGACUACAAUAAUUCUAUUGCUGUAUCCAGAAGUAUAGGAAUAAAAAUUAGGGAUUCAGAUGUUAGUCUUCGAGAUAAGAAUGACUUUUCAAUCGCACUAUCACCAGAAAAUGUAUCAACUGGUAAAGAUUUCAUAGAAACUAAACUUGUAAAGCGAAUGUCACCAAAAAUUGAAGACUCAGACUCCGAAUUUUAUGGCAGUGUAGGAAGUUUACAGAAGUCGUUAGUUGCUAGUUCAUCGAAGAAUACUAGUGGAUCACAAAUUCAGUGUGUAACGAAUAAAAGCGUACCAAGAGCAUUUCUAAGAAAGAACCUUUCACGUAAAUUAGUUUGCGGUGGAAUAUAUGUACAUAGUUUUAAAGACAAAAUGGUGUCAGAAGAUGUAGUAUAUCAGGGUGGAUGGCAAAGAGCUCCUAAAAGUAUUGCUAAGAAACAAUCUAGUGAAUUGGCUAAAAGAAAGAAAAAAAUAAUACCAAAGAAAAAACAAACUUAUAAAACAGAUACCCCAACAGGGAAUUUUCCUUCCAACGAAAGUAAACGUUUUCCCCAAAGAUCACCACCAGUUAGCGUUAAAGAAAAUAGUAGUAUGAACAAGGAAUUCAAGAGUAUAGAUCAGAAGAAGAAAACGGUUCCAAGAAUCCAAAAUACGAUAAGAACUAAUAAAAAUAUGACAAGGGUAGUUUCAAAAAUCAAUAUGAGAACACAUAGAUCGAAAAGUAUUAAAUCGUUUGGUACUAAAAAAGUAAUACACUAUAAUACCACUCCAAAAAAUGAAGUUGAAACAAGUAAAGGCAACAUCAAAAAUUAUUUGCCACUUUACUUAAGGAGAAAAAUAAAAAAAAUAAAUAACGAGAAUGAUAACGCAAAGAAAGUAAAAACUGCAAUAGAUAAGAAUAUAAAAAAUAUCAUUUUUAAAACAAACCCUGUAGAAAUCGCCAAAGAUUUAUCAAAAAUACCAGACAAUAUGCAUAACAAUUUUGAUUAUGUUAUAUUUCAAAAUGCAGUAGAAACAGAAUAUAAUGUUGCCAAAAAUUUGACAUUGUCCCCAGGACAGGCUAGUACUGAAAUAAAAACUAGUUGUAGUUCACAAUCACAAAAUAGCUCUACUUGUUCGUCGCCUAAUAGUGUGGCAACUGUACGUGCUAUAAAAGUGGGUGGACACAGUAUUAUAUCUAACCAAAAAGAUACUUUAUCAGAGGAAAAACACUCAGGAUUAAAAUCGGAAAAUAUUUCUUCAAAAUAUAAGUACUCUAAACGUGGCAGAGUAAAUAAAAAGUCACCUUUGAUUUGUAGUAACAAGGAGAAUAUUCCACAAUCUUCAAAAAACAUAAGUGCUAAUGUUGGCAAGACCAUUUCAAAUUCGAGUAAAAGUGUGUUCAGCAAAAGUAAAAACUUGUUUAUGGUGCAUACUAAUGAAAGUACUAUACAAACUUCUUCUACAAAAAAAUGUAAAAAAACUUCUCUAAAAUCUGCGAAUCCUCUUAAUUUAAAAAAUAUUGAUAAGAAAGAUCAGAAAAUAACUGAUUUAACUAAUUCGAAUAUACUUUUGUCCAAUCAACAUAGUAAUAAUUUUGAAAAUGAAAGCGUCAACACAUCUAUGUCAGAUGCAAAUGAUAGUGUUGAUGAAUUGAAGUCGUAUGAUAAUCUAUCACUUAAUAAUAAUAGUGAAAUAAAUGAUGAAGAUGAUAAAAUAGGCAAUGAUUUAUCCAAAACUCCAAAAGAGUCUGUUCAUGAAACUACGAGUAGUAUAAUGUCUGUUAUUAGAAGAUUGCUUGAGGAUAAAUUACAAGUUGCCGACUCUAAUUCUAAGAAUAGCCUCAUUUCAAAUUCCGAAACAGUGAUUCUAAAUAGAGAUGAACUUAAUAGAAGCUUUAACAGUAGCUUAUCGCCUAUUAGUAUUAAAACAGUUGUUACUAAUGAAGAUAUCUAUAAAUCUGAAAGUGAAGUGGAAAGCUCCUUUGCUGCGCCCGUCACUUCGAAUGAAAAGGAAUCACUGACGAGUUUUUCAAGUGUGAAAGCAUCUGUCAAAGAAUUAGAUUCCGUCUCAUUUAUGUCUGUCGCUUCGACAUCUAAUUCAAAAUUUUCAGAUUAUUAUUUAGCGGAUAAUGAACUUGAUAACACUUUGCUGCCACAAAGCGAUCAUCCGUUGGAAGAGAGUUCAGUUCAAGAUAUUUUUGAGCGAAAGGAUCAAAACAAAAGUUUUAAUAUAAAUGGAAUUUUAGAAGCUUUUAGCGGAUUUUCAGUAAACGCCGAACAAUUCGUUGGCGAUAACAUAAACUUAAUAGAUUCAGAAACUGGUAGCCUCGCUUUACAUUCUGCAAGACUUACGGCUUCGGAGGAAUUAUACGUAUCUGGCCGAUCCUCUGAUACUUACGAAUCAUGUUUUAUUGAUGAUGAAACUUAUGUACCUAACUGGUUAUUCAGUGUUAUAAGUCAACAACAAUCGAUUGAAGAAUUGGAAACGAUAGAUGAGCCAUUGGAGGAAACAAUGUUUGAUGUUAACGGUAAUGUGAUGGAGCCAGGUGUUAGGGUGACGUCAGGCGCGGGAGACGGUAAAGGAAUCCAUAGCGAUAAUUCCCAAGACAGUUCGGGGAGAGGAACGUCUCUGAGUUCCACAGCUUCAUCUGGGCCGGAAAAUGAGGCAGUAUUAAUUGAUCCUUCGGCAGUUACGACGUAUCAGCCGUUAAUUGUUCCUGCCAUAAAUAUAACAGAACUAAACUCCAUGCAUACAAAUGAAGUACCGAAUGGAAAUAAUGGAAGUGACUGUGCAAGAGUUUUAAAUCCGGCACAAAUCACAAGUGAUGCUGACGCCGAUAUUAGCUCUCUCGAUACGGAUGCUAUUGAUUCAGAUACC